AGUUUGGAACGAGUUUUGAAUGAUCAUUAACGACCGUUUCGUGGAUUGGUUUACGUGAUUAGGAUAUUUUUGAUUUGAUAAGACAAUGAUGAAAUUAAAAAGAACUGCACAGGAUCAAGAAGCUGCUAUAAAAAAUACUAGCACAUACGUCAUUAAGAAACACAGAAAAAAAAAUGAUAAAGAAUUAUUAAAUAGCAUACAUGAUUCAAAGAAACCAAGUAAAUCUAAUGAAAUAGAUAAGAAUAUACUUACAAGCAAGCAAAAGAACAAAAAGAAGAAAAAGCAUUCUGCGACUAAAUCUAAUGUAAAAGAUACAAAAGAAUCAGAUGCUUUAAUAAAGAUUAAUACAGAUAGUAAAAUGGAACAUAAAAUAAAAAAUAAAUGUGGUGUGAACGAUAUGAAGAAAUCAGAUAUUCUAAUGACAUAUUCGAAGGAUGAUGAAAAAACAUCAGAGGUAUUUCAAGAACUAUCAAUUAACAUAAAUAAUAAAUCAGAAAACAAGAAAAAAAAUAACCGAAAGCUGGAGCUAAAUCUUGAAUACGCAAAUAAGACUGCUGUAAGAGUCGAUGAUGUAAAAGAAAAAAACAAGAAACUAGAAAGGCGUGUAAAAGGAUCAAUUAAUUUUGAGCAUAAAAUGACAAAAAUUGAGAAACUUAAAAAGAUAACUGGAAAAAAAAUGAAACGAAUGUCAGCUAAAGUAGAAGCGCAACAUAUAAAAAAUAAAGACGAAUUGUUAAAGCUGAACAAACAUAUGAGAAAAAUUAAACAAUUGGAAGAAAUGCUUGCUAGAAAGUCGGAAAUAAUGCAAACUUUGAAAGAUAGAGUGACAACACAGUUAAAAGCAACUAGAUUCAAAGUUAUAAAUGAGAUAUUAUGCAAUAAUAACAGUUCGCAAUCUAAGCAUUACUUUAAACAGAAUCCUGAUGCCUUUAAGGCUUAUCAGAUAGGAUAUAAAUGGCAACUUGAACAAUGGACAACGAAUCCAUUGGAUGUUAUAAUAUCAUCAAUUAUAGAACUGCCAAUGGACAACAUAAUCGCUGAUUUUGGAUGUGGUGAAGCACAACUCGCUGCUUCUGUUCCUCAUGUGGUACAUUCGUUUGAUUUCAUUGCUCUGAAUGAUAGAGUGAAAGCUUGUGAUAUGGCUUCUACUUCAUUACAAACAAACAGCAUCCAUGUUGUCGUAUUUUGUCUCUCUUUAAUAGGAUCUAAUCUUAACGACUAUAUAAUAGAAGCCAAUAGGAUUCUGAAAGACAAUGGUAUCUUGAAAAUAGUCGAAAUGGAAAACAGAUUUGAGGAUGUGAAAGAUUUUAUAAGACUGUUACGUAAUUAUGGUUUUAAAAAUACGAGGAAAAACUUGUUUGACUUGUUUUAUUUUAUGGAUUUCAAGAAAGCUAAAGCUAUAAGCACGAAAAAAACUCUUCCUCCAAUUACGCUGAAAUCAUGUUCAUAUAAAAAAAGAUAA